AUGGCAGGCUCCCGCCGUGAAUCGCGCCUUUCCCUACUUCUCGCCCUUACCGCCCUCCACUCAAGCCAAGGCAGCGCAAUCCCCAAUCCCCCACCUAACGCCGCCGCAAUCAGUGCACCAGCACCACACAACCUCGCCAACAGCCCUUCCCACCACGUCCGCGCAACCCCCCCACGCAUCGGCAAAGGCCGUAAAGGCGGGAAAACCGGAAGCGACGGCGAGGACGACGGCAACGGUCCACCCCCGGAGGAGAAAGACGAAAAUGGCCGACCUCACCACAUCGGGGCGCCGGACUUGCCCCAGGCUCCGGGCGGCGGAGACGAAGGCGACGCCCAAGGCGAAAUCAACAAGAGUCCCGAUGAGCACAACGACGACGGCGGUAGGCCGGCGCGCAUCGGACGCCCAGUUAGCAAUAACAACCAAACUUCCCAUGGGGACGGGAGAGGGGCGGGCAACGGCGACGGCAAACCUGUGCAUAUUGGCGCGGGUGAAAAGUACAACAACAAGGACGUGGACGUCCCAAUUUUGCUGUUGACCUUGAUUUUGGACGCCUGGAAGAAGGGACACAAAUCGCAAUCCUGAUAGAUUGUUCUUAAAACGGCAAUAGGGGGGUUUCUUAGGGG